AUGGAUGACUGUCUCAUCGAUAUGUUGAUGGAUGUGGUUGCUAACGGUCGCAAGAGUGUAAACGGAUUUAAAAAGGAAACCUAUAAAGCGGUUGUGGAAAGUGUCAGGAGUACACUAGAGAUAUCAGUUGUGGAGAAGCAUGUUGGUAAUCGCCUGCGAACACUAAAGAGGUUGUAUUUUGAGGUUCGAGACACCCUGAGCGCGAGUGGGUUUAGAUGGGAUGACGACAAGAAGUUAGUUACUGCACCAGAUGACGUAUGUGAUAAUUACAUACGGUCGCAUCCCUAUGCCCAACAUGUUCAUGGGAAACCGGUAAGAAUGUAUGAUGACCUCAUGUUCUUAUUUGGAAGUGACCAAGCUACUGGACUUCGUGCUUCGACUGGAAAUAUGCAUACACAAAGGGGUACGAGAAACUCUCAUGAUGAUAAUGUUACACUGACUGCAUCGGUUGAUCUUAAUGACGAUAUACUUAUUCUGUCUAGUGACGAUAUGGGAGAUAGUGGACAGAACAUCCAAUGGUCAUUUCAAAGUCAUGACGGUGCACAUAUUGCAAACAGAAGUCCGAUUCACAAUGGCAACAACUCCGUCAACACGGGCAACAUAACCAGUUCCAGGAAGAGAGCUAGAUUGGAACACCCUUGCGAUGUAAUUGGCAAAGGGAUGAGUGAGGUGGCAGAUACUGUCAAGUCCCUGGCACUAACAUUACACAAAGGAAAAGACGUCAUACGUAUGGAGCAGAUUGUACCUGCACUCGAGCAGAUUGAUGGCCUCACAAGUAAUGAGGUCAUAAGUGCAACAAGGAUCAUGUCUAAGGAUGAACAACAAUCUGCGUCGUUCCUUUCGCUUCCUGAGUCCAUGAGGCUCGACUUUGUGCUGAUGAUACUUGCACCAGAUCAGUCUUCUGACUGA